UCUUCCUCACCAUCGACCAUCUCCAAAAACCCCUCUUUACAUCGUUUUUUUUUAAGCUCUUAAAAUUAUUUUUUAUUCCUGUUCGCCGGAAUUUUCGCCGGUGAUGUAAUUUUCCCGCCCUUUUUUGGAGGUAAAAAAGUUUUUUUUUUCUCAGAAGCUCGAGAAGAGUGAAAACCCCAGAAAUGACCUUGCGAUUCGUAUGGCUCCGGCUGUUUUGGGUACCUUAAACGAACCGUCGUACCAGGAACAAUGCGGCGCCGUUUUUAUGAGGAAAUUUACAAACCAAUCCGUCACCGAAAACACCAAUAACCUUCCUCUCGUCAACCCUAACCCUAACCCUAAUUUCGACAGGAGCAAUUCGAGCAAACAGUUUGAUGAUUCGUCGGAAUUUGGGAGCUACGCUACUUUUAACAUCGCUGGGUACACCUCAAAUCAGCUCAGGGAGCUGAAGAAGCGUUUCACCUCUGAGCUCGAGCAGAUUCGGAUCCUGAGAGAACGGAUCGAGUCAGGGACGUUCGAGACUCAGCAAGCUUAUACUAUCCCGGAGGUACCCGCCGUUCGAUCAGCUCCGUUGAAUAGUUUCGCCGGUGAAAAGAAUGACCUUGGACCGAAGAAGAAGAAGCAGAAGAAAAAUGUGUCAGGUCUCAAGCGAGGCAAUCAAUUUGCUACUUCGGAUCCGGAGUCGGAGAAAUUAUUGGCUGGUAUGUUGAAUACUUGUGGUCAAAUCUUGGUGAAGCUGAUGAAGCAUAAAUGGGCGUGGGUGUUCAACACUCCUGUUGAUGUGGUUGGUUUAGGGCUUCAUGAUUAUCAUCAGGUUGUGAAGAAACCUAUGGAUCUGGGUACGGUUAAGUUGAAUCUUGAUAAAGGGUUUUACGUUUCGCCGAUUGAUUUUGCUACUGAUGUCAGAUUGACAUUCAACAAUGCAAUGACGUAUAAUCCAAAGGGUCAAGAUGUGUAUUUUAUGGCUGAUAAGCUUUUGGAUCAUUUCGAUGGAAUGUUCAAUCCUGCUUUUAAGAAGUUUGAGGCUCAGCAGCUUAAACUCACUGGUUCUUCAUCUCGUCUUGAACCUGAGGUCAAGCAAAGACAUUGGAAUCAGAAUUCGCCAAUGGUGGCAAAUCCUAGGAAAGGAACCGAACAAAUAUCUAUCGCGAAGAAGCUUGAUUCAGUGAAGCCGCCACUACCUGCAUUGCCUCCUCAAUUAGUCGAGCCGUCGCGUGUUCAAUCUCCUUCUCCACCACCUCCUCCUCCUCCUCCGGUGGUUGAGCCUCAACUUCCGCAGCUGGUUAUUGAAGUAGAAGCACCUCCUGAUGUGAGUGACGUGACAAAAGGAAGGAAGGGGAAGUUGCCGAAGCCUAAGGCUAAGGAUCCAAAUAAGAGGUUGAUGACAAUGGAGGAGAAGUCAAAGCUUGGUAUGAAUCUACAAGACUUACCUCCUGAGAAGCUUGGACAGUUGGUUCAGAUUCUCAGGAAGAGAAACGGUCAUUUAGCUCAAGAUGGUGACGAAAUUGAGCUAGAUAUAGAAGCUGUCGACAACGAGACUCUAUGGGAGCUUGAUCGUUUUGUGACGAAUUACAAGAAGAUGGCUAGCAAAAUCAAGCGGCAAGGGUUUAUCAGGAACGUGUCAACUCCACCUAGGAACAUGACUUCGGUAGCAGAAAUGGGUAGUGCGGAGAAGAGAACAAGGAGAGGAGAUGCAGGGGAAGAGGAUGUAGACAUUGGAGAAGACAUACCAAUCGAAGAUUACCCAUCUGUAGAGAUCGAAAGAGAUGGUACUGCAGUUGCAGGUAGUGGGUCUAGUUCUUCAGGCAGUUCCAGUUCUAGUGGUGGUAGUUCCUCGUCUAGUGAUUCAGGGUCAGGUGGGAGUUCAUCAGGUAGUGAUUCUGAUGCAGAUAGUGUUCAAUCGCCAUUUGUGGAAGCAAAAGAAGCUCAAUGAUAGAAUCAUUUGGUGAUUUAGCCGUUGAUUCUGUCCUGAAGCACUAGGAACUGAAGGAAAAUGAUUUGUUCUUUCUUUAGAUGAAAAACUUAGGAAGCAGUUGUAGUUAGAGAGGAAAAUGUACUGGGUAGAUAGAGAGAGAAGAAUAGUUCGUUAUUUAAUACCUUUUAGAUUUAGGACUGUUUAGUGUAUUUGUGAGAUGCUGAACAGAGGGUGAGAGUGAGUGCGCAAUGUAAGAAGAAGAAGAAGAAGAAGAAAAAGAAAAGAGUCUUUUUCGGUUCUAUUGACUAUUUUUUUUCCUUUGUGGUUAGUGUUAAAAAGUCUGGUUGUGGUAGGAAAAAUGGUGAUAGAAGAGAAGACAGAAAUCAAUGCAAUGUAGUAGUUGAGAGAUGUAAAUGGUUGCCAUAUUAAAAAAAAAAAGAUCUUAUUUGUUAAGAAAA